AUGCGGGCUAUUAACUGUACUUGGUAUCAAAUGUUGCUUACUGCAAUGCUUCUUAUGCAGAGGCAUUUGAAUUUGAUAGCAAUGGGUGAUAAUGAUGGUGAUAAGAAUCGAUUAUCAUCUAAUCCAGUUCUGAAUUAUGCGGAAAAACUGCAAGAUAAAGGUGCAAUACACUUCCCUGUACAAGGAACGAAUAUUUUCAGAGAGUUGUGUAAUGUUUAUGCCAACUUCAAGGAAUGCAGUCAAGACAUAUCUUGUUCAAGUAUAUCACUCGAAGCGGUUGAUGCCAGUUAUGGGUACAUGUGUGGUGAGGGAUACAAAUUAUUUGAAAAUUAUGCUACUUGUUUUGCUGAGGUAGAAAUAGAAAAUAAUUAUGUGAAAUGCAAAAAUGAAGCAAGUGCAGCGAUAACAGCGGCGCAAAAGGCUAAAAUCCCGAACGAUUAUAGCCAGUAUUUCGAACUUUUAUGCGAGGUUAUGGAUCAUUAUUUGCGAUGUUGUCGUCCUGUAAUCAAUGCACAUUGCGGACGAGGUGCUUGGGAAUUAGUGCGAACGAUUACUUUGGACAGUCUACGCGUAACUAUGCCAGCAUGUGAUCUACAUAACGCAUUAUUGUAA